GAGCCAGCAAAGCAGUGCAUGGAAAGCCAUCAGAUUGUAAGUAGCAAUGGUAGUUAAAGUGCUAAAUGAUGUGAUGUCACUCAAUGAGCUACACCCGAUGAGUCCAAUUUACAACACACUAGUGAGAGCUUGCUGUCGACAAAGUGGAACAUUGUGUCUCUUCCCAAGGCCUAUAUCUGAGAUGGAUGAACACCGGGUCAUUUCCCAAGAGCCUGAAACAGUUUUUAGUGUCUCAGGUGGUAUUGCUGAGGCUCUGAGAUCAGUCGCGAGAUCAGACACAUGGAGUCUCCUACAGACUGCAUCACUCCUCAGUGUACAGGAUCAAAAACCAGUUCUCACCCAGACACAUUCCCCUGAUCUCGUCUGUGCACAGGAUGAGGACAAACGAUUCAUGACCGGUGCUCGGGACAACACUCAAGAUGAAACAUUUGAAGUGAAGUUAAAAUAUAUCAGUGAUUCAGUGCCUCUGUAUCAGGAGUACUGGCUGAAAUGUAUGAAGGCAGAGUUACAGAAGGCACAACAUAAAAAACUGGUAGACGUUGUGGAAGCACGGUGUCGAUCUGCUGUUUCACCAAUCCAAUCUUGUGCAUCAAGCCCUCCAGGAUUGUAUGUAGCACCAUACACUCUUUGGCAACAGCUACCUGAAGUAAAAAGGCAACACUUGCUGCAAACGCUUACCGCCCGAGACAUUCGCCAUCAGGAGGCCAUGUUUGAACUGAUUGUGUCCGAGGCUUCGUAUCAGAAGAGUUUGCGAGUGGCAGUUGGACUCUUUCAGUCCUCUGUUCCGCUGAAGCAAACUUUAACACCCGUGCAGAAUCAUGUUUUAUUUUCCAACUUGAAGGAAGUCUGCAAGGCCAGCGAGAGUUUUCUUCAGGAUUUAGAGAUUCGACUGGGGCAGAAUGUGGUGAUGACCAAGAUUGGAGACAUCGUACUGAAACACAAAGCAACGUUUCGUCGAGUCUAUGUGCCCUAUGUAACCAACAUGAUGUAUCAGGAGACCCUUAUUGCAAAACUUUUACAAGAAAACAGGAAAUUUGUACUGGCCUUAAAGAAGCUUGAGAAAGACCCACUUUGCCAGAGACAGACACUCAAGUCCUUUCUCAUCCUUCCCUUCCAAAGGAUAACAAGAUUGAGGCUUAUUGUAGAGAAUAUCCUUAAAAGAACUGAUGAACACUCCACUGAUGUUCCCAACCUAAAGGGUGCAAUUGAAGCUAUACGAGAGAUAGUAGUGGAGUGUGACUGCAAUGUCCAGCAAAUGAAACAGACAGAGGAACUGGUUAGCUUGGAAAAGCUUGUGGAUUUUUCCAAUGUCAAGUCAGUACCUUUAAUCGUAAGUGGCCGUUAUCUGAUUCAAGCGGGACCAUUGAAAAAGUUGAAGGUCAAGAGUAGUCAGACUUCAGGCUCCAUGGUCUCACGCACAGACGUCUUCCUGCACCUCUUCAAUGACCUCCUGCUCCUCUCAGUCAAGAAUGGAAACAGAUUCAGUGUGCAAGAUCAUGCAGCUUUUCCUGCUCAUGUUCGUGUAGAGGAGUUAAAGACCAAGAUGUUGGGUCUGCCACCUGAUGCCUUUCUGCUCCAUCUCACCCAAAACCAUUUACGAGCUUCUACUGCUGUUAUACUCGCUGCACAAUCACGGAUGGAAAAAGAGACGUGGCUCCAACUUUUAUCUUCACAGAAUGGCACCAUUGGUAAUACAGAGUCCAAGAAUGUUUAAACAUUUUUAUUAAGUAUAAUAUGUAACUUUUUUAAUAGUCUUGAAUAAUUAAACCUGC